UCAGAAAUGAACCUGUCUAGGACCCCAGUGGAAAGCACUGAGACUUUAGAAACGAACCGGUCUGGGACCCCAGUGGAAAGCAUUGAGAUAUUAGAAACGAACCGGUCUGGGACCCCAGUGGAAAGCACUGAGACUUCAGAAACGGGCCGGUCUGGGACCCCAGUGGAAAGCAUUGAGACUUUAGAAACGGGCCGGUCUGGGACCCCAGUGGAAAGCAUUGAGAUAUUAGAAACGAACCGGUCUGGCACACCAGUGGAAAGCAUUGAGAUUUUAGAAACAGGCCGGUCUGGACCCACAGAAAUUAAUCACUAUGCAACCCCAGAGGACGACACUGUUUCUAUCCCACCAAUUUCACAGAAGGUAUACUCUUCUGUGUCUCCAUCAAUCUCUACAUCAUCAGCUACAAAAGACAGGAGCACUUGCAGUAGUGUGGUGCAGAUAACUGCUACAGAAGCUCAAGAAACCACUUCCCCAGUAAGUGAGGGGGUAAGCCUAACAUCUGAAGAGGAAAAGAUGCUUAGAAGAGAAUUUGUGACUCUAGCUGUUGAUAAGCUGUUUUCAAGAAUUUUUAGAAAAGCGAAAAUCCAGAGCCCUAUGCCUCAUCACAAUAUUCUCGUCCAGCAAGUGUUUGAUAAAACACUGGCUCUUGUGGAGUGUGAGAAAUUUGACUAUACUGCAAAAACACUGAAACACCUUGACAAAACUGUGUACAAGGACCUGUGCAAAAAUUUCAGCAGUGCAGAGGUGGUACUAAGAGAGCUGUUUUACAAUGAAACACAAGUUUCAGAUUUCAUCGCCUCCCUUCUCAGAAAUCAUCUAAUUAGCCCUAACUCACCAAAGAAAGGUGGCAGCAUUCGCAGGUUCUUUUCCAGUGUGCGCAAGUUUAUUUGCAAGCCUUUCCGACAGUAGUUCAUAUUAGGAAAAAAGCAUCUUGGGGGAGGGCUGGUCUCAUCCUCUCCUGGUGUUGUGGGUUUUCUCCGGGCGCUCCGGUUUCCUCCCACUUUAAAUCAUGCAUCAAUUGUAUAUUUUAAAUUUACUG